AAUAAUAAAUUUGUAGAAGGAAGUUGGCAUGAAGCCAGUUUCUGUUGGAAAAGGUUUCGCGAAAAAAAGACAGUAGUUAUGGGUCGAUCGUAUCACACCAAUUGCCUGAGAUGUUACGUUUGUCAUGAAACGCUCACUUCAACGUGCUUCAUGAAGGAAAAUUCCCUUUUCUGCAAGGACCAUUUCUACAAGUACAGACGAUUCGGAACGAAAUGUACUCGAUGUGGCGAUGGUAUUGCUCCGAAUUCAGCAGUUCGGAAAGCUUCAGGUCACAUCUACCAUGUUGAAUGCUUCCGAUGUGUUGUAUGUGAAAGAGAACUAAAAACUGGUGAAGAAUUCUACCUUGUCCCGGAUGACGGUCGACUCGUCUGCAAGAAUGAUUACGAGCUCGCGAGAAAUAAGCCUCCCGACACCGAAACGGAUGUAAGCUGUAAGCGACCACGAACAACGAUUUCUAUAUUGUUCUUGGAAACCAUUAUUCAAAUGUACAUAAUCAGCAGUAAGCCACCCCGCCACGUGAGGGAGCAACUUGCAGCCGAAACUGGUUUAGAUAUGAGAGUUGUUCAGGUGUGGUUUCAAAAUAGACGUGCAAAGGAAAAACGCCUCAAGAAGGAUGCUGGACGGCGAUGGAGUCAAGCAGAUAAUAUCAGUGCCGACAGCGGCAGCAAUUCGCCGUCGGGUAGUGUAAACGACCUGAGUCCAGCUUAUGGUUCUUUUCUUGCACAUUGGAUUCCAUUGUCUGGUUUUCAACCCCUCGAAGGGGCGUGGACUGUUUGCCUAUCCGUCUGCCUCCCUCCUCCCCGNGGUUGA